UUUGUCCGUUACAUGACUUGUCAACGUGACAGUCUUGACACUGACAGAUAACCAAAUUGUGGCGGCGUAAUGUAAAGUAAACGGUAGUGCCACAUCCUCGACCCUCUUCUAAUUUUGGUUUCUCAACGGUAAAGGCUAAAGGUUUUCUCGUUGUUUGAAAGAACAUAUAUUCAUUCCGAAAUGCCUUCGAAAAUAAACGUGAAGGAGAGGCUCACCGAUGGCGAAAUUGACUUGAGUAUGUCCGAUUUGGAAGACGUUCCUGUGAAAGAUAUUGUGCAGUUCAAGAAGGCCACUAGCCUAGACUUAUCCAACAACCGCCUUACAUUCCUACCUGCAAACUUUUCGUUGCUGACUCAUAUUACUAAGCUAGACCUUAGCAAAAACGAGUUGCAGUCACUUCCAGAUGACUUCGGCAAUCUAGUGAAGCUGCGGCGCUUAGAUCUUUACCACAACCAGUUGAAGAACCUACCUCUGAGCUUCAGUAAACUUAAGGAACUGAAAUGGCUGGAUUUGAAGGAUAAUUCUCUUGAACCAGCUAUUGCAAAGGUUGCAGGUCCAUGCUUGAACUCAAAGCAGUGUGAAGACUGUGCUAGAGAUGUAGUCAAUUUCUUUGUUAAACUCGAAAAACAGGUGAAUGUAGAACUUGAGAUUCGCAACAAAUCGAAACAAAAGCAACAGGAAGUCAUUCAGCAGAAGAAGAAGGAAGAAAAGAAGAAGCAGAAGAAAGAAAAACAGAAGCAAAGGCAGGAUUCUAAUUCUCCUUCUUUGAAGAAUGAGGUAAACAAUAGAGCGAAAUCCAAGAAAGAGAAAAAGGCACUCAAGAAUGCUCAAAAAAACAAAUCAUUCCUGUCAUUUUUAUUCCAACUAUUCAUGCUUUUUUUCAUCACAAUGUUGGUUCUGUUUGUAUCAACAUCUGUUAAGCUCAAGUUUACAGAAAAUUUGGACAUACUCGUAAGAGAAUGGUAUAAACGUUGUUCUGAUAGUUUGCCGCCAAAUUACAAAGUGUAUGCAUUGAAGUUUGGUAACUAUGUGGAGGAUAUACAUACAAAGACAGGAAAAAUUACUUUAUUUACUGUUCAAUACGUACAUGAGAAGUUAUCCCAAAUUCCGUACCAGGAUAUUCUCAAUAAUUUGAAAAAUAUUUGGGAGACAUUGCUGAAAGCUGUCAGUGAAAUUCCAUACCAGGAAAUACUAAAUAAUCUUAAGAAUUUAUGGGAGACAUUUAUGAAGACUGUUCAUGAUGCUUAUGAAAGUGUGAUGCAUGGAAAAUAAAUAUUUUUUCAUUUGGAAUAA